GCAGGUUCAUGGCGGGAGGGCGCGGACAGGAAGAGAAGGGCGGCUCUGCCCCGCUUCCACCCACGCCCGAGUUCUCUGUUUGAGGGCCCAUACCCGACUCCCAAAUCAUCCACGUGUCAGCAGGCAGCGGGCUCCGUCGCGCCCUGCACGGGGACGGGGGGUCAGGCCGCUGCGUCCUUCCCUCACCUGGCUUGGCCGGUUUAGGUGGAGGCUUGGACAUGGCUGGAGCCGACCCUAGCGCGGACGGGGGAGCGGCGGGCCGGCGAUCGGCUGCCUGCAGGUGGGCACUCGGUGCGGGGCGGCGGCGCAAAACCCCUCCGGGCUCCCGGGAGCGGCGCGCCGCGGCGACAGCAGCGCAGAGUGGGUGGAUCGCUCCGCCCCGGCGGCCGCAGGCGCGUCACCAGCCCCGGGCGGGACGCAACCAAUCGGCACGGGCGCUGAGGGUGAGGCCCCGCCCCUCCCCUCCGCUGAAGAGGCGGGCAAAGGGGGCACACGGCAGGGGUGCGUCGGGGAGGUUUGAGGUGUCCGGUCCGGCGUCUGCGGGGGGCCCGAUCCCGAUCCCGAUCCCGAUCCCGAUCCCGAUCCCGAUCCCGAUCCCGAUCCCGAUCCCGAUCCCAGGCGUGUGGCUGGAGCGCGGUGCGCGCAGAACCGCCCCUUCUCGGAUGUACGCGCGCCUUGGGCAGCUCCGUAAUAGGACGUAAGAGGUGGGCUCUCCGCUCUGGACACCCUCCCAGCGUGGUUAAAGUUCAGUGCGAACCGCAGAGACUGAAGUGUUGCAGCUGCUGGGAGAGGUGCGGCCGUCUGUGGCGACCGGCGCGCGGACCCCCGAGCCCCUCCGCCGAUCCCGGUGUGUGGGCUUGAUGCCUGGGAGAGACGCUCCCUGUCCGGCUCUGGUGGUGCCUAGAAGGAAACACGCUUCAGUCCCCGUGCCCGCGAGUUUUGACCCGAAAAAAGGAAGAGCUGAAUAUGAAAGUAUUGGUUAUUGGCCUUGGAGGCGUAACAAAUGGGGGGAAAACAACGCUAGCAGAAAAGCUUAAGAAAAUGCUUCCCAACUGUGAUAUAAUCUCUCAAGAUGACUUCUUUAAGCCGGAGUCUGAAGUAGAAACAGAUGAACGUGGAUUUAAGCUAUAUGAUGCGCUUGAUGCCCUCUAUAUGGAUGAAAUGGUGACAAAGAUUCACAACUGGAUAAAAAGCCCAGCAAGCUCAGGGGUUGUGACAGAAGAGCCACAGAGUGCAUGUGACAAUCAGAAAAAUGUUUAUAUUUUGAUUGUUGAAGGCUUUCUGCUUUACAAUUAUGAGCCACUUAAUGAACUUUGGAAUAGAAGAUAUUUUUUGACCCUUCCUUAUGAAGAGUGCAAAAGGAGAAGGAGCACCAGAGUCUAUGAGCCAGCAGAUACACCGGGGUACUUCGAUGGACACGUGUGGCCUAUGUAUCUGAAAUAUAAAAAUGAAUUGGAAGAGAAUGCAAGUAUGCAAGUUGUUUAUUUGGAUGGAACAAAAUCCCAAGAGGAGCUUUUAUCCUAUGUGUAUAGUGAUAUAAUGCAGGAAUUAAACAAGCUGAGGGAAGAAAAUCAGCAGGUCACAGCAUGAUAAUGUAGAAAGCCUGGGUUCCAUUUCAUAUGAAUUGAAAACCCCAAGACUGUCAUAUUUGGCAAGCCACCCAACUGAGCAAAUGUUAUGUGCACGACCAUAAUACCAGUCCAUACAACACAAGUGUUUUUGUAGUAACUAUUAACUCUGUAAGUCUCAGAUAUUGUUUAGUAGGAUCAACAGUGCAUUCUUUAGAAUUCCUUUAAUCAGUCAUGCUUUGGCUUUAAAUCUCAUUGAUUGGGAACAUUUUAAAGAACAUAAAGAUUUUUAUCUACAUAACUAAACUAUAAAGAUGCAGUUCUGUUGGAUUAAUAAGCAUAUUUGAACAUGGAUGUUUGCAGUGUGAAAUGAUCAUAUAGGAAUGACAGUGAUUGCCUCUAAUAUUUUUAGGAGCUUAUAAUCACUGACAUAUCCAUGGUUAGAAGAACUAACUGUGUAAUUUAAGAUUGAUUAAGUUGUUAUGCUGCCUUUUCAGUAACGGUAUACAUCAUAGCUGAACUUAGACUUGCUAAAUACCUCUCUGGUGUUUGCAAAGCAAUUUCUAUGUUGUGUAUUGUUUGGGGCAGUUGGGAAUGGGUAUUAAAAAUAUUAAAACAAACCUGAAGAGAAGUCAGAUUAUUGGAAAAAGAUGGGGGAAUACGAUGUCGUAGAGAAUACAGAUGCAUCAUUAACAAAAUAUAAUGCAUAUAUUGUGCAGAUUGAUGAUUGGGUUGGCACAGACUACUAGACAAUAAAUGCAUGUUUCAGGGGGGAGGAAGGAAGAAGGAAUUCACACUAGUAUUCAUAACUCAAGUUGAAACUGAAAUAAUUAAAAUGUUCAGAAAGCAGAUAUGCUAAACAAAUGUGAAAGCUUUGUUAUAGAAUUUGUGUACAUACAUUUAGGUAAAUUAGGAAAUUGGGUAGUUGGGUCAUAUAUUGUUGCUGAGUAAUUUCUUAACUCUUAUAUUUGCUAUACAAUAUCUUACUUUUUUAUCAGUUGGAAUAAAAAUAAAGCUACAGACAUGAAAAGCAAAGGAUGGACUAUGUUACUGUAUGACAGCUGAACUGAUCAGUGAUUAAAAUGUAAUGCUUUAUUGUAACAGUAUUGAGUCAAUAUAUAAGAAAAAGGUGUUAUCAGGUUAGAGCUGUGUUUAGGUGCAUUUAAGACGAAGUGCUUCCAAAUAUAAUUUUGUAUUAUUAUUA